AUUUAAAACAGCUCUCCCGAUUAUCGUUAAAGUUUCCCUUCCUGUUUAGUGAAAUAUUAGAGCUGCAGUUCCUGGUUCUGACCACUUGAGGAACCUACCUGUUCCCUCUACUGGGGUCCUGUCACAUGGGACGGCAGAGACAGAUUGAAAACAGACGCUCUCUCUGAGUCAAGACCAAGGUUUCCACUCGCCUGAAGAAGAAGAAGAAGAAGAAGAAGAGAAUUGCAGGUCCUUGACAGCUGCCAAUCACCUGAUGUGGACCAAUCAGGAGAAAGGACACAACAUGGAGGCAUGACAGACAGGUGAGACAGGUGGAGGUUCAGCAGCCACGAUGGCGUCCACCAAAAGACUAACAAGACUUUUGAACCUGCUGCACUUCCUGUUGGGUGUGUUCAUGGUUCCAGCCUUCUUGUCUCUGGAGCUGCUUCCUUCAGCCAAUCGAGUUCUACUCAACAACAGCUCCAACUACAGCGUGGUGUGUUCUGGGUGGAGUCAGGUGACCUGGCUGUUACCGGGGCAGUCUGAUGGGGGCGGGGUUGCUGUGGAGAACCUGGGGUCAAGCAGCAUCCUGCGGCUCCUGAAUGCCUCCUGGACGGAUUCAGGUAGAUACACAUGUGAGGAGGCAGGGUCUCCUGAGAGGAGACAGGUGGACGUAUUCAUACCUGGCACAGGACCGGAGGAAUGGUUUGUCCCACGGGACACGGGCGUAGUGAUGAAGCUGGGGGUGGAGGACACCAUCCCCUGUGUGGUCUCCGACCCCCGGCUCAGCGUCUCGCUAUACGAGCGUCCCGGCAGGACCCCCAUCACCACGGCAACAUAUGAGCCGGGGCGGGGCUUCACCGGGAAACUCAACGACACAUCAUACAUCUGCUCCGCCACCAGGGGUGGGCUGGAGACAGAGAGCCAGGUGUACUACGUUUUCAGCAUCGUAGUCCCUCAGCAGGUGGAGGUGUUGCUGUCUGUCUCCCACUCGGUGGUGAAGGUGGGUGAGUCUCUGAUGGUGAACUGCACCGUGAGAGACAUCGACAUGGUCUUCUUCACCUGGGACUUCCCCCGCAGACAGGAGGUGGAGCCUCUGACUGACUUCCUGCCCAAUCAGAUCCGCUCCUUUGUUAACAUCUCUGCAGCAACAGUGGAAGAUUCAGGUGUGUAUGUGUGUGAGGUUCAGGAGACGUUGCACGGACGAACUGCAAAGAAGAACGUCACCAUUACAGUGCUAGAGCGGGGGUACGUGCUGCUGUGGCCCUCAGGUGAGACUCACCUGUCGACCCUCCUGCAUCACACGGUGACGCUCCGUGUGGAGGCCGACGCCCACCCCCCCCCCACUGUACUGUGGACCAAAGACAACAACACUGUCGCCAAGGAAACCAACGCAGUCACCACCACACACCUGACAGGAAGCAGGUAUGUGAGCACGCUGAUGCUGGUUCGAGUCCGACUGGAUCAGACAGGAAGUUACACGGCGAGUGUUUCCAACGAAGACGAAGUAGAGGAGGUUGUCUUCAACCUGGAGGUCAAAGGUCAGACAGAGAGACAGUUAGUUUACCUGUGUGUGUGUGUAUAUGUGUUUACCUGUGUGUAUGUGUGUGUGUGUGUGUGUGUGUGUGUGUGUGUGUGUGUGUGUGCAGCACCCCCCAGGAUAACUUGUCUGGUGGAGGCCAGUAGUAAGGAGAUGCUGUGUGUCACUGAGGGUGCUCCGCCCCCCAACAUCACCUGGUACACCUGUCACAGCUCACAAAGGUGCAGUAACGUGACUGGCGGCUGGUGGAGCCAAUCAGCAGUCUCCCAGGGCAACGUCACCGAGGAGAGAGGCAUCACCACGGUGCGCAGUGUGUUGAGUCUGCAGAGUCUCACCUCGGUGUCAGCUGUUCGCUGCGAGGCUCGAAACUCUGUAGGACGCCGGGCCAGAGACCGCAGCGUCCCCCCCACCUCUCUCCUGUCUCAGGUCCUGGUGCUGGCAGCAGUUCUGGUUCUGGUCCUCAUUGCUGUCUUCUUCUUCAUCAUCCUCAUCGUCCUCUGGAGAAAAAAACCGCGGUACCAGGUCUGCUGGAAGCUCAUCGAGUCCGUGAGUCCGGACGGACUGCGGCACCGCUUCCUGGACCCCCAACAGCUGCCCUACCACUGCAGCUGGGAAAUCCCCCGGGACAACGUGGUACUUGGUCAGGUGUUGGGUUCAGGCGCCUUCGGUUGUGUUGUUGAGGCGAGCAUUUCUGACCUGAUUCACUGUCAUUCUACGACUAAAGUGGCCGUCAAGAUGGUGGAGCGGCGCAGUGGGGUCCAGUCUCUGAUGUCGGAGCUGAAGGUCCUGGUUCACCUCGGUCCUCACCUGAACGUGGUCAACCUGCUAGGGGCGUGCACGAGAGGAGGACCUGUCUAUCUGAUCACUGAGUUUGGUCAUCAUGGAGACCUGGAGAACUUCCUGCAAAGGAACAAACACACCUUCCUGCAGAGCGACACACACACCAAGAGUGACGGGGGCUACAUGGAUAUGAUCUCAGAGAGUGCUGAGUACAUCGCCAUGAAGGAGCUCAGCCAAGCCCACAUCCCCCCCGCGGUGUACGAGGAGCCGUUCACACCGGCAGGACAGCAGGAGGCACUGUCUCCCCCCCUCAGCGACUCCCCACUCCUCAGCGUCAGCGACCUCCUCGGCUUCUCCUUCCAGAUCGCCCAGGCCAUGGACUUCCUGUCCUCCAGAAAUUGCAUCCACAGCGACCUGGCAGCCAGGAACAUUCUGGUCUGCGAGGGUAAGCUGCUGAAGGUCUGUGAUUUCGGUCUGGCCAGAGAUCUGAUGAAGGACCAGGACUACAUCGCCAGAGGAAGCAGCUUCCUGCCUGUGAAGUGGAUGCCUCCGGAGAGCAUCUUCCAGAACAUCUACAGCUGCCAGAGCGACGUCUGGUCCUACGGGAUCCUGCUGUGGGAGGUCUUCUCUCUGGGAGCCAGGCCGUAUCCCGAUCUGCCGAUGACUCGGGAGUUUUACUCGGCUCUGAAGCGGGGCUACAGGAUGAGCCGACCCGACCACGCUCCUCUCAACAUGUACGACCUGAUGAAGAUGUGCUGGGCGGAGAGUCCUAAAUCCAGACCCUCCUUUUCCUCGCUGGUGGUUUCUGUGGGGGACCUGCUGACUGAGGACUACAGGAAGCGUUACCUGCAGCUGACGGAGUACUUCCAGUCCGGAGAGAGUCCAGCUGUAGUCAGAUCCAGACGGAGUUCACCGGGCGCUGAUGGAGGAAGCCCCGCUGCUCAUGUGUUAGGGGCAGGGCCAGAGGAGGCAGGCUCCUCCCACACAACCUACAUCCUCCCCAUCACUGACGUCACCAUAGAAACCAGUGGGGGGGAAGUGCUGGACGCAGCCAGCCCUCAGCUGUCCAAGUCUCAGGACACACAUGAAGGGACUUCACCUGAGGACAGACAGGGGGUGACAUCAGCACCUGAGGACAGACCGGGGAUGACAACAGCUCUUGAGGAAGAGGAGAGCUGUCUGUGAUGCCUGAGCUGCCUUACAGUCAGGAUGGAGGGCUUCAUGAACCCAGGAUCCCCUGCCAGACCGCACUGAGGGAUGUAAAGCCUGUGUGUUUCACCCUCUGGUUAUGUCAGGCUGCCUAACCUAAAGGCCCUGAGCAGCACUAAUGUCUGUGAAGAGAUCAUGUGAUCUGUGUGUCCUAUCACCUGUGUGCUUCAAAGUGCUUCUAGACGUCUGGAAUAAAAUGUAUUGAAGUCUAAAAACUU